GACGAAUCAGCGCACGCCGUCACCCAACCACCGGAAGCACAUGCUGGCCUGGCGCGCUGCUGCUGGUGUUGUUGUUACUUGUGUGACAUGUAGCCACAAAACCGUAAUUAUUCGUGUGUUUUUGGGGGGAAUUUAACGUUUGUUGUUUAAGAAACUGGAGAAUGGCAGCGACAGUGGCAACACCUGUCACCCCAGCGGAGCACGACCCGGACCGGUGUGGGAGCGAGGAGGAGAGCCGCGGGGCCGAGGCGGAGGAGGAGAGCGGUCGGCAGCAGACGGGCCCCGCGGCCGCAGCCUCCGCGACCCACAACCGGCUGUCCAAACUCCCGCUGGCCCGCAUCAAGGCUCUGAUGAAGACCGACCCAGACGUGUCCCUGGCCAGCCAGGAGUCUGUGUUCAUCAUCGCUAAAGCCACGGAGUUGUUUGUUGAGAUGAUUGCCAAAGAUGCCCUGGUAUACGCCCAGCAAGGGAAGAGGAAAACGUUGCAAAGAAAAGACUUGGACAACGCAAUAGAGGCCAUAGAUGAGUUUGCAUUCCUUGAAGGCACAUUAGAUUAAACACUGCUGCAGGAGAUGAAGACAGCGAAUCUGCAACCAUCCAAGAAACGUUUCCAUUACAGGGACAUGACAUGUUGUGAAAACAUCUCUGGUACUUUUCUAAGUCGGACUCUCAAAUUGGAUAUUUAUAAGUGCUUUUCUACAAUGUGCGAUUAAGAUUUUUCACUCUUAACUUUUGAAAUGUCAGUGGUAAUGUGUACAUUUUUUGUAAAUACUUGUGAGAUACUACUGUACAAUGAAAUAAAUUUACGUUUUAAACAAACA